AUGACUGUCAACUACGCUGAGGCAAGCGGACAUUGCGGACAGCUGCGAGAAUUCAUUCUGUUGUCAGUGCUUAACACGGAGAACCUAUACACAAUGUACGAGCACCACGCCCAAUCUAUUGAGAAUAUUAAGAAUCAUCUCUGGGCCGACCCUUCCGUCCUCGCACUUCUCCUUAGUGGUUCUAUAGCCCAUGGCUUCGAAAAUGCUGAAUCCGAUGUUGACAUACUCAUCGUCCUCUCCGACGAAGACUACGCGAACCUGCUCUCCAACGGGCGACGCCUCACGUUCAAAAAUUUCGACUUGUGCACUUACGAGGGAGGGUUUUUUGACGGAAAGUAUAUCUCCAUUGACUUCAUCCGCCGCGUCGCUGCACGCGGCAGCGAGCCUGCGCGGUUCGGAUUCGAAGGGGCGAAGGUUCUCUUCAGCCGCGUGGAGGGGCUUGAACAGCUACUGAAAGAGGUCGUGACGUACCCCGUUGCGGAAAAAAGAGACCGAAUUGUCAGGUUUCGAGCGCAGCUGGAAGGGUGGCAUUGGUACUGUUCAGAGGCGAAGAGAAGAGACAAUCCCUAUUUGUUAUCUACUGCUGUGAGCAAGUUGGUUCUGUUUGGCACGAGACUCGUCCUCGCACACAACGAGAUGUUGUAUCCGUUCCAUAAAUGGAUGCUGAAAGUGCUGGAGCAAGCACCAGACAAGCCCGAUGGAAUGCUAGAAUGCAUAGAUCAACUGUGCAGGAAUCCGACGGCGGAGAGAGUAGAGACAUUUUAUGAAAUGGUGAAGAACUUUCGGGACUGGGAAGAGAGCCCGAACGGGUGGGGUUCGCAAUAUAUGUUGGAUGUCGAGUUAAACUGGAUGGAUGGAACCACUCCGGUCGAUGAUCUAUAG